CAUAUUUAUAUAUUUAUAUAUGUAUCUAUGGAGGAAUUCAACAUCCAAGUUCUGGGGUAUCCAUAGGGCACAAGAGGUGAUGGAAGAUAAAAUUGGCAAAUGGUCUCUGAAGAGGAUGACAGCCCUUGUCACCGGAGGAACCAAAGGAAUAGGAAAGGCAGUGGUUGAGGAAUUGGCAACGUUGGGAGCAGUAGUACACACUUGCUCACGCAAUGAAGCAGAGUUGAAUGCAAGCUUGCAACUCUGGGCUGGCAAAGGUCUCCAAGUCACUGGCUCCGUCUGUGACGUUUCUUCACGCCCGCAACGGCAGCAGCUCAUCGCCCAAGUCUCUUCCAUCUUUGGAGGAAAGCUUAACAUCUUGAUAAAUAAUGCUGGGACAACCAUAGUAAAACCAACAGUGGAGUAUACUGAGGAGGAGACAUCUAUGAUGUGGGCCACAAACUUUGAGUCUGCUUUCCAUUUGUGCCAACUCUCUCACCCCCUCCUUAAAGCUUCUGGGUCUGCAAGCAUAGUGUUCAUCUCGUCUGUUGCCGGGGUGGUUGCCGUUCCAUUUGGGUCCCCUUAUGCAUCAACAAAAGGAGCAAUGAAUCAGUUGACAAAGAACUUAGCCUGCGAAUGGGGAAAGGACAACAUACGGGCAAAUAGUGUCACUCCUUGGCUUACUAGAACUCCUCUAGCUGAAAGUGUGUUUGAUUUUGAUAAUGCUGAACCGAUGGAGAAGCUUAGUGAAUGGACACCAAUUGGGCGUGCUGCAGAGGCUUCUGAGGUGUCACCUCUGGUUGCCUUCUUGUGUCUCCCUGCAGCUUCCUACAUCACUGGCCAAACUAUUUCUGUUGAUGGUGGGUUAACAGUUAAUGGCUUCUUCACUUCCUGAUUGAGUGGGGAUGAAAUAUUUGGUCAUAAAUCAACACCCGUUAAGUUGAUGGAACUGUCUUCUUCCUUAAUUCCUUCUGGGUAUUCACCUCUGUGCCUUAUGUUGUUGUCAGUUGUUCGUGUUUUCUUUUCUUUUGUUCUUAGUUCGUGUUGUUAUCCCACACAUUUAGUGGAAUUGUUUCUGUUGUUUUUUCUA